AUGUUACUAACUCGCUGUGGCGGACAAUUGAAUGAGACGGAAACGGCCGUGUUUAGUCCCAAUUACCCUGAGGCCGAGUACGUGCACUCGUAUGGCGGUGUUAUACCUGUCCAGCGAAGCUAUUUGGCUACUUGGAGUGGACAGGUGGGCCAUCUGAGCCCGAUACAUUUGUUAGUACCGGGCAAUCAAGUGUUUGUAGAGUUUAAAAGUAAUAAAAGGAAUAGUGAUGGUGGUUUUAGGAUUGAAUAUAAGGCUAAGUCAAUGGGUCUACCACCGGACGCAUACAUAUCCGCACCAAACAUUAUACUAAACACAAACAACACAUCCCAUCACCACAUAUAUCACAGCUCAGCACUCGUUUACAUAAUUGAUAUCCAGACAAAUAUCAUGAUAUAUUUUACACCCGACCUCAACCAAAUAACUGUCCGCAAAUUGGCCAACAAUGUAUCGGGCAAUCGGGAGCGUCGAUACCGCAUACCAACCGGUGCUCAACACCAUAACAUGGCCGUAGACUGGGAUCACAAACUAGUUUACUGGAUAGACACCAGCGAUAACACCAUCAAAGUGUUACCUUAUGAACACAACCCUAAAAGCCUGGUAUACACUGUGGGUAAUCUAACUGACCAGGGUGAUGACAGUAGGCCAAUAUCGCUAGUGUUCAACGCCGUGGAGGGCCGACUGGUAUGGAGUAAUGUUGGCGAUCGACCAGCAAUUAUGACCGCCAACCCCGAUGGUAGUGAUCGGCGGGUGCUUUACAACAGUGAUGACAAUCGCCAUCCCUUAGAGCGUCACUUGCAGUACAUUAUGGGGCAUAAGUCCGGCCGAGACGGGCCCAUACAGGCCAGUCAUUUGACAAUAGCAUAUCACGAGCGCAACUAUUAUUUUGUGGAUAUCGCUGACCAUUCGCUGUAUUCGCUUGACUUUUCCAGGCAUCGAUUGGAGUUGUAUAUAAAAUCGCGGGCAUUUUUUGGCCAAAUAAACUCGAUGCAAAUGGUUGAUGAGGAUCUAUACCUGGCCUGUCAGCACAUGGUAUACCGCUUGCCGGAGCUGUGGGAGCGGUUUACCAAGGCCGAAGUGUUGGCAAAAGUUAAUCAUGGUGAUAUGCCAUUCAUAGCCAACAGCAGUGAUGUGUACUUUGAAUACAAACCGCUGGUUAUAGACAGGGAUAGGAUUAAUGGGUUUAUGUUAGCUAAACGGCCGCCGGCUGUGCGCAACGUAUGGACAAACUGUCGGCACAAUAACUGUAGCCACUUAUGUGUGGCCAGCGGUGGACACACGGACUACCGAUGUCUGUGUCCGAUAGGCACCCGACUAUCGUCGGUAAAUCAUCGCAAGUGUAUCCCUAUUAAUAGUAAUAUCAGUAAAGUUAGUAAUGGGAUGUAUGGCACACGUGGCCACCAGACGGCAAACACCUUGCUAAUUGCCAUGAUAAUUAUCUCGCUCAUUCUGUACAUUAUAAGCUACAAAAUCAGUGACUUGAGAAAUGGCGUAAAGGUGAAACGCAAAAAUACGUUUAGAAAGACUAGACUGAGAUUGAUCCUGGACAAUCAGAUGGGUGGACACGUUACGGGCACAGGUGGUAAUAGUACGGUGGAUGUGGCUGAUGAUGAUGAAUUGUUAUAA